AUGGAGAGCGUGACCUGCCUGGGUCGUCCCUGUAGCGUGGAAAAAAAGCAUCUGCGGAGACGGGACUUAGAAGAGGAGGUCCUAUUGCUGAGGGAACAAGUGAGAGAUUUGGCCGACAUGAACAUGUUGCUCCGCCGCGAGCUCACCUGCCGCGUUCACCGUGUUGAGUCCGUGGCGGAGACCUUCGAAAGCUGUUCCAACGGCGCGCGCGAGGAGGGCGACGACAUCUUGGACCCCGCGCACGUGACGCUGCACGGACAGCCGAUGAGUGUCCGCAAGACCUCGAAGAGCGGUGGCAGGGUCAGCGUGCGGGAAGAAGAUGAUGAUGAGAAUCUUCUGGGUGAUGAUGGCAUCAGCCCAGGCCACAUGGCUCCCACCGAAAGCAUCCGGGAACUGCAGCAGAACGUGAAACUCAGUGAGCUCUUUAUGUCCGGCAUCAACAGCUCCUCAGCGCGCGCCAGCGUCUUGGGCAAGGGCCGCUGCCUCCGGGUUUUGAUCUUUUCAUGGGCCUUUCUCUUUGUAAUCUUUGUGCUGGUGGCCUCCUCUACGAGCCUCGGCGCCGUCUCGGAGUUCUUCUACGGUGACACGUUGCAGGCGGUGCGCGCGGCCCACGCGGCGGAGACGGCGCAUGGGGAAAACCACGGGGAGCAUAUGGAGCCCGAGGAGGACCAUGAUGACCAUGGCGGCGAGCACCAGAACUCCGAGUGGGCCAGUGUGCACGUGGAGAUUGAUGGGGUUGAUGGCGAACACCAGGGCGCUCACCAUCGAAGAUUGGGUGGAGGCACAUCGCCGCUGCUACGCAACAUUGCGUUUUGUUUGACGACCUGUGGGAUGGUGGCCUUUUUUGUGGGACUUUGCAAGCAACCGUUAAUCCUGGGCUAUUUGUUGGGCGGUGUUCUGGUGGGCCCUAACCUGGGCCUGGAGCUGGUUCAUAGCCACGAGUCAGUGGCCGAGAUUGCCAAUCUGGGACUGGUAUUUUUGCUCUUCAUGAUCGGGUUGGAGCUCGAUGUGAAGGAGAUCCUGCGAAUGGGUCGCGUGGUGCUACUCACCGGUUUGUUCCAGUUUCCAGUGUGUUUUGGUGCGCAAUACCUGGUUUUUGUUGCCGUAGAAAGUGCCGGCCUGAAGUUCGGCUCGGGCUCCUAUGCCGCCAUUUAUUGCGCCCUAGUCUGUGGCAUUUCUUCAACGAUGAUUGUGGUGAAACUACUUUCGGAGAAGGGUGAGACGGAUCGGCCCAAUGGCAGACUGACAGUUGGCAUCUUGAUCUUUCAAGACAUUUGGGCCAUGGUGUUCUUGGCCAUUCAGCCCAACCUGGCCAGUCCUGACCUGGUCAUCUUGUGCAAGCAGUUCGGCAUGAUUGCCGCUCUGAUUGUUUUGGCCCUGUUGUACGCCAAAUUUGUGAUGCCUGCCGUGCUGUUCUUUGCAUCCAAGAGCGUGGAACUGAUGCUGGUGUUGUCUUUAUCCUGGUGUUUCUUCAUGGGUGUCACCGCACAGUUGCCCUGGGUGGGUGUUGGGAUGGAGCUUGCUGCUCUGAUUGCUGGGGUGGCCCUGGCGACAUUUCCCUACAGCGCCGAGUUCAAUGGAAAGAUCAAAUACAUCCGCGACUUUUUCAUCACGCUCUUCUUUGCCGCCCUGGGAAUGCAGAUUCCCGUGCCAUCCUUCAAACCCAUUCUGACCGCCCUGCUCGUGUCCUGCACCGUGCUGCUCUUUCGCUGGCUGGGCAUUUUCUUGCUGGUCUACAUGUUGGGUGGCACGCCCCGGCUGGGCAUCUUGGCCACGUUGAACCUCUCCCAGAUCUCGGAAUUUGCCCUGGUGAUUUGUUCCUUGGGGAUGGGCUAUGGCCACAUCGAUGCGUCAACUUUGGAGAUCAUCAUUUGGGUCUUUAUGAUCCUGUCCAUUUUCUCUUCCAAUCUAAUCAACUACAACCACGAUGUCUACCAGGGGAUCGCCUGGCUCUCACGUCGGAUCUGUCGCGCGGGCUUGUCGCAUGAGAAUGAGGAGCCGACGCAUGAGGAUGAUCGCGACAUUUUGUUGCUAGGCUUUCACCGCAUCGGUUCUAUGCUGAUCGCAGAGUUUGAACACCACGCACCGAAGCUGCUGCGAAAGCUGCAGGUGGUGGAGUUCAACCAGUCCAUUAAGGAGCCAUUGCUCCGGCGUGGGGUCAAAUUCACCUACGGUGACUUUUCCUCGGCGGAUGUCCUGGAACAUUGCUUUCAUGGGGAGCCUAAGAUCAUCAUCUCGACCACACCUGACACCAUGCUGCAAGGCACCAGCAAUCUGCGAAUUUUGAAGGUGGCCAUGACUGUGUGGCCCAAGGCUCACAUCAUCGUCACGGCCGAUAACCCCGAACAGGCCUCGGAACUCUACGAUGCCGGAGCUCAUUACGUCCUAAGAUCUGCGAAACUCUGUGCGGAACGUCUUUUCGAGCUUUUGAACAAAUACCAGACAGAUGCCGGCAUGUCGGAUUUGAAGCGACGCUUCGACAAGUACAAGCGUCGGGAAAAUGACGAACGAAGAAGCUUUGUCGCCCUGAAAGUGUGA